AUGCCUGAUCCCCUGAGCACGGAGGAGAGGCAACUAUAUCAAGAACAACUUGAUCUCGUCUCUAGUUCUCUGCGGGAGGACCCCGACAAUGCAGAACUUAUUUCAUUACAGCGCGACCUGACUGAGCUCCUCGGAAUGGCCGAGGAACAUGCGAAGCAGGCGACUAAACAGCCAUCGCCCCCACCACCACCGCCGUCUGAGAAAUGGUCUCGAGAUGCCCAUCCUGCCUUUAAGAAAGGAGACACGCAACCCGAGGAGAAGGAAGAGCCUGUGGUUCAUUACCGGACCAACGAUAUCGUUCAAGCGAAAUGGCUUUCGGGCGACAAGGCAUUCUACCCUGCCCAGAUCAUGGGCAUUACCGGUUCGGAUAAAGCACCGGUUUACAGCGUCAAGUUUAAGGGCUAUGAUAACAUAGAGAAUCUAAGGGCGAAAGAUCUCCGUCCUAUGACAAACAAACGAAAGGCGGACGCUCCCGCUGCAGCACCCUCUCCAACUGUGGCGACCCCACCUGCACCAGGUGUUGUUUCUUCCGCUGGUGCUACUGUCUACCCCGAUGCCAAAAGAGAGACCCAGAACCAGGCUGACUCGCCCAAGCCUCCCAAGGCUAAAAAGAUCAAGGCGAAUAAGGAGCUUGAGGCUGGCAAGAGCAAAUGGCAAGACUUCAACAACAAGUCCAAGUUUGGGAAGAAAUCGAAGAAGGAGAGCAUGUUCCGAGUUCCCCAAGGGGUGAACAGUAGAGUGGGCUUCACAGGUUCCGGCCAAGCCAUGCGCAAGGACCCUACCCGAAGCCGCCAUGUGUAUCAAAUUAACGAAGACAACGACUAA